UUUCGCAACUUAGGAGCAAAGUUUGGAGGAGGAAACGCCAAGCCCGGGUCCUUUCUUCCCCUCGCUCCCCAAACCCGAGGGCAGCCGCGGCGUCAUGCCCGCGCUCCUCCGCAGCCUGGGGUGCGCGUGAAGCCGCGGAGCCCUUGCGCCGCCCGGGACCCGAGGGCUGCUCUCUUUUUGGAGUUUUCUCCCCGAUCUUGUCGCUGGCUCCAUCCCGACCCACGCCGGGCUCCGGGACAGCUCCGACCGAGGAGGAGCGUUGCCAUUCAAGUGGCUGCUGCAGUCGCAGCACAGCAGCGAGCCCCGCCGCAGUGCCCUGCCUGCUGAGCCCCCCGUGGGCCGAGGCGCUGCAGGCGGUCCAUGCUCCAGGAGGAAGUGUGCAGAUGGGAUUAACGUCCACAUGGAGAUAUGGAAGAGGACUGGGGAUUGGCACCGUAACCAUGGUCAACUGGGGUCGGUUCAUCUGCCUGGUCGUGGUCACCAUGGCAACCUUGUCCCGGGCCCGGCCCUCCUUCAAUUUAGUUGAGGAUACCACGUUAGAGCCGGAAGAGCCACCAACCAAAUACCAAAUCUCCCAACCCGAAGUGUACGUGGCCGCGCCAGGGGAGGCGCUAGAGCUGCGCUGCCUGUUGAAAGAUGCCGCCGCCAUCAGUUGGACUAAGGAUGGGGUUCACUUGGGGCCCAGCAAUAGGACAGUGCUUAUUGGGGAGUACUUGCAGGUCAAAAGCGCCACACCUAGAGACUCCGGCCUCUAUGCUUGUUCUGCCGCUAGGACUGUAGACAGUGAGACUUGGUACUUCAUGGUGAAUGUCACAGAUGCCCUCUCGUCCGGAGAUGACGAGGACGACACAGACGCCUCUGAAGACUUGGUCAGUGAGAGCAGUAACAACAAGAGGGCGCCCUACUGGACCAACACGGAGAAGAUGGAGAAGAGACUGCACGCAGUCCCCGCAGCCAACACGGUCAAGUUCCGCUGUCCAGCUGGGGGGAGCCCAACACCCACCAUGAGGUGGUUGAAGAACGGGAAGGAGUUUAAGCAGGAACAUCGCAUUGGAGGCUACAAGGUACGAAACCAGCAUUGGAGUCUUAUUAUGGAAAGCGUGGUCCCGUCCGACAAAGGCAAUUACACGUGUGUGGUGGAGAACGAGUACGGGUCCAUCAACCACACCUACCACCUCGACGUCGUUGAGCGGUCGCCACACCGGCCCAUCCUGCAGGCUGGGCUGCCGGCGAAUGCCUCCACGGUGGUCGGAGGGGAUGUGGAGUUUGUGUGCAAGGUGUACAGCGAUGCCCAGCCCCACAUCCAGUGGAUCAAGCAUGUCGAGAAGAACGGCAGUAAAUAUGGGCCUGACGGGCUGCCCUACCUCAAGGUUCUAAAGGCUGCCGGUGUUAACACCACGGACAAAGAGAUUGAGGUUCUCUAUAUUCGGAAUGUAACUUUUGAGGAUGCUGGGGAAUAUACGUGCUUGGCGGGUAAUUCUAUUGGGAUAUCCUUUCACUCUGCAUGGUUGACAGUUCUGCCAGCUCCUGUAAGAGAAAAGGAGAUCACAGCUUCCCCAGAUUACCUGGAGAUAGCCAUUUACUGCAUAGGGGUCUUCCUCAUUGCCUGCAUGGUGGUGACAGUCAUCCUGUGCCGAAUGAAGACCACCACCAAGAAGCCAGACUUCAGCAGCCAGCCUGCAGUGCACAAGCUGACCAAGCGCAUCCCCCUGCGGAGACAGGUUUCCGCAGAGUCCAGCUCCUCCAUGAACUCCAAUACCCCGCUGGUGAGGAUAACGACUCGUCUGUCCUCGGCCGCUGACACCCCGAUGCUGGCAGGGGUCUCGGAGUACGAGCUGCCAGAGGACCCAAAAUGGGAGUUCCCCAGAGAUAAGCUGACGCUGGGCAAACCCCUGGGGGAAGGUUGCUUUGGGCAAGUGGUCAUGGCGGAAGCGGUGGGCAUCGACAAAGACAAGCCCAAGGAGGCGGUCACCGUGGCAGUGAAGAUGCUGAAAGAUGAUGCCACGGAAAAGGACCUUUCUGAUCUGGUGUCAGAGAUGGAGAUGAUGAAGAUGAUUGGAAAACACAAAAAUAUCAUCAACCUUCUUGGAGCUUGCACACAGGACGGGCCACUCUAUGUCAUAGUGGAGUACGCUUCGAAAGGCAACCUCCGGGAGUACCUCCGAGCCCGCAGGCCGCCCGGCAUGGAGUACUCCUAUGACAUCAACCGAGUGCCCGAAGAGCAGAUGACCUUCAAGGACCUGGUGUCCUGCACCUACCAGCUGGCCAGAGGCAUGGAGUACUUGGCUUCCCAAAAAUGCAUUCAUCGGGAUUUAGCAGCCAGAAAUGUAUUGGUAACAGAAAACAAUGUGAUGAAAAUAGCAGACUUUGGACUGGCCAGAGACAUCAACAAUAUAGACUAUUACAAGAAGACCACGAAUGUGAGUCUAGGUGGUCAUCGGGAGAGGGGGCGGGGGGCACAGAAGGGUUCCAGGUUCCUGGCGUUUGGAGCUGGAAGGAGCUUCCGCCCCUCAUUCCUGUUUGUUGGCCAUACUCUUCACAAACUCUCAAUAAGCACAUUCAGGCAAGAACUUUUAAGAGCAAUGGAAAAUUCCAUCAAGAGUACCCCAGCCCUCCCUGUCCAAGGAGCCUCCUUGGAGCAGGAAGGGAGACAUGGGAUGAGUCGCAGGAGGGCUCGUUUAUCUGUGAAUGCGAGAAGUGGGCAGGUGUUUUAUUUUUCCUUGCUGUUUGGAUGGGUCAGUCAUGCUGUGUUUUUUCUUUGCAGCUGGUCCUUCGGGGUGUUAAUGUGGGAGAUCUUCACCUUAGGGGGCUCGCCCUACCCAGGGAUUCCCGUGGAGGAACUUUUUAAGCUGCUGAAGGAAGGACACAGGAUGGAUAAGCCAGCCAACUGCACCAAUGAGCUGUACAUGAUGAUGAGGGACUGCUGGCACGCCGUGCCCUCACAGAGACCGACGUUCAAGCAGUUGGUGGAGGACCUGGAUCGAAUCCUCACUCUCACAACCAAUGAGGACUACUUGGACCUCAGUCAGCCUCUCGAGCAGUAUUCUCCUAGUUACCCCGACACCAGGAGCUCUUGUUCUUCAGGGGAUGACUCUGUGUUUUCUCCGGACCCCAUGCCUUACGAACCUUGCCUGCCUCAGUUUCCACACAUAAACGGCAGCACUAAAACAUGAGCGAGCGUGUCUUCCUGUCCCUGGACAGGGCAGCGCCAGGAACCUACCUACACUGAGCAGGCAGGCCUUGCCUCCCAGGGCCUGUGGUCUCUGCUUGUAUAUAUGGAUCAGAGGAGUAAAUAAUUGGAAAAGGAAUCGGCACACGUGUAAAGGUUUAUACAUUUGAAAACUUGUUAACCUUCACCAGGAGGAGGAUGUUUCUGGAGCAGUGGACAGCCACGAGCCACUGCCCCCUCACCCCGACCCACUGUGGGUACUGCUGUGCCCCAUCGGACUCAAGGCAGACACACGUUCUGCCUUCUUGUUAAUUUUGUAAUAAUUGGAGAAAAUAUAUGUCAGCACACACUUACAGAGCACAAAUGCAGUAUAUAGGUGCUGGAUGUAUGUAAAUAUAUUCAAAUUAUGUAUAAAUAUAUAUUAUAUAUUUACAAGGAAUUAUUUUUUGUAUUGAUUUUAAAUGGAUGUCCCAAUACACCUAGAAAAUUGGUCUCUCCUUUUUUUUUUUUUAAAUAGUUAUUUGCUAAAUGCUGUUCUUAUACAGAAUUUCUUAAUUUUCACCAAGCAGAGGUGGGAAAAAUACUUUUGCUUUCAGGGAAAAUGGUAUAACAUUAAUUUAUUAAUGAAUUGGUAAUAUACAAAAGCAAUUAAUCAUUUAUAGUUUUUUUUUUGUAAUUUAAAUGGCAUUUCUAUGCGGGCAGCACAGCGGACUAGUUAAUCUAUUGCUUGGACUUAACUAGUUAUCAGAUCCUAUGAGAACAGAAAUAUUUACAAUAUAUGACUAACUUGGGGGAAAUGGAAGUUUUUGAUUUAUUUGUGUUUAAACUCUGCUGUCAGAUAAUUUUAUGCUUAAACCACCUAAAUGCCCAUAUCACAGGAACCUGUUCAUAGGAAGGUGUUUGGUGUUGGUGUGCGGCUCUGUCUUUGGCCGGCGCUGCAUUUAGCUGGAUUUCCCAAGACAAAUGGUACCAGCGCCCUUGCUCAAAGGUGCCUUAAUCCAUUCCUCGAGGACAGACUUCGGCUGGAGCCCCAAGAGGACGGGUUCUCUCCGGCAGCUGGCCUUCUGCCCCUGAGCUGUGCAUUUGUCAGAUGAGUCUGCAUCCUCCUCAGUGAGUUUUGAUAAUGGCUUCCAGGUUCUUUGGCAUCAGAGAAGCCUUUUAGGAUCUUCAAAGAACUAUCAUAGAAAAAUGGAAACACAGAAAUGCUCUGCUGAGAGUCGGGGGCUGCUUCCAUCUUCUUAAAGAGUUUGCUUCCGUCUGCUGCUGACAAGACCUCACCUCAAGAUCCGGCCCAUCAGACAGAAGAGCUCCGUCUUGUUCAUUCUGUACUAAAGUAUUGUGUUUUGCUUUCGGAUCACCCACUCACUUUCUUAUAGCCAUGCAACAUGAAUGCAGAAGACACUGAUUUUAUGUGUUACGAAAUUGGAGAAAGUAUUUAAUAAAACCUGUUAAUUUUUAUACUGACAAUAAAAAUGUUUCUACAGAUAUUAAUGUUAACAAGACAAAAUAAAUGUCAUGCAGCUUAUUUUUUUAAUA